AUGCUGGAGUCGACCUGCAGGGCCUUCUGCGACCUGCAAGGAGUCCAGCUCCGUCCCGCCGCGGAUGCAGUCAUGACGACCCAUGAGGAGCGAAUGGUGGAGAGCGCACCGGAACGGUCCGGAAAUACCAUGGAGCUGGCGGCACAGAACAGAUCCGAAGCGGUAGAGAGACAGAGAGACGUAUCUGCCGCAAACCGGGACGCAAAUCCAAGAGUAGGGGAAAUUUCAUAUUCCCGACGACCUGCACUGGGGGGUGCACUACUGAGUGACCCGACAUCAAGGUCAGCCCGUGCAGAGGAGCGUGUUAGGUCUGGAGUUAGGCAGCUCAGGUUUGCUGAUCGGGUUAGGAGGCCGCCGGAACGCGAAGCACGGACUGAGACCGACUUGGCAAGUGUAGCAGAUGAAGGCGAGGAGGGUGUAGAAGAUCCACAGCUGCCAAGUCAGGUCGAACAGGCAGAGGAGCAGUGGAGGAAGGCAGCUGAUGAUAAGCAGAUGGCCGAAGCAGAAGCCAAGAGGAGACGGGCUGAAGAGAGGCAACGGCGCCGUGAUGGCGACACCGAUUCUACCGUCUCUUUCCUGGGAACUGAAGACAUACGUGAAGCAUGGGAGCGUGGGGCACAAGCCGCUGCAAGGGCACACGUGGGAGAGGCAGGAGAGGAGCUCGCCAGUAAUGCGGAUGAAGAGGCCCGGAGAGGGGACGUCGGCGUGCCAGAGAAUUUGGGAGAGGCGAAAAAGAAGGCGCAGAGCAACGCGGGUGCAAAGGCUCAUAAGAUGGCGGAGGUAGAGGCGGACCAGAAUGCAGAGGAUGCGGCCCAUCGGUUCGUCGAUGCAGAGGCGGCACUUACGGCAAAGGACGGGACGCCAAAGGAAGCAGAAGCUGCGGCGCAGCAGAAGGUGGGUGCAGAGGCGGUCAAAAGUGCGGAGGCAGUCGCGCGUAAAGAAGCGGGUGCAGCAGCAGAGCUGAUGUCGGAGGCAGUCGAGCUGCAGGUGGUGGAGGCAGUGGCGCAGAAGGAAUCAGAGGCAACGGCGAGCCAGAAGGAUGAGGCAGCGGCGCAGCAGAAUGAUGAGGCAGACACACACAAGGAAUCAGCGGCAUCAGCGCAGCAGAAGGAUGAGAGUGCGGCGCCCAGGAUGGUUGAGGCAGAGGCGCAGAAGGAAUCAGAGGCAGCGGCACAGCAGAAGGAGGAGGGUGCGGCGCCGAAGAUGGUUGAGGCAGAGGCGCAGAAGGAAUCAGAGGCAGCGGCGCAGCAGGAGGAGGGUGCGGUGCCGAAGAUAGUUGAGGCAAAGGCGCACAAGGAAUCAGAGGCAGCGGUGCAGCAGAAGGAGGAGGGUGCGGCGCCGAAGAUGGUUGAGGCAGAGGCGCAGAAGGAAUCAGAGGCAGCGGCGCAGCAGAAGGAGGAGGGUGCGGCGCCGAAGAUGGUUGAGGCAGAGGCGCACAAGGAAUCAGAGGCAGCGGCGAGGUAG